AUGAAUUUUUUGAAGAAUCAAUUAUUCCAUUUUGGCAGAUUUUAUUUUAUUGAUACUUUCACUCGAAAGAACAAGCUUCUCAAUGAUAAAGCGAUUGACGGAUUAUCUGCGGUUUCCACUGGAAAUCUUGGUUGGUGGAUCAUUGGAGGCAAAGACUCAAGCUAUUUGAUACGUCAAUUAUUUGCCGGUGUAUUCCAUAUUAGUAGAUUUACAACAACGUUAGGCUAUUCAGCGACCGAUAUUGUAUUUAGUAAGUUAGCCAACAAAUUAAUGCCAAAUUCGACCAUUUUCAAUGAUGCUGCAGCCACACAAAGAUUUUAUACAAGAUUAAUGAUGACUUUAAGAUUGAAUGGAGGUGUUUAUGAAGAGAUUCAUCAGUUCAUCGCAAAAAGUUUACUUUCGCUUCCACCAAAUGCUAAAAUUGCUGCGCUUACUGCAAUCACAACGAGUUAUCCAGUAUGCAAGAAGUCAAAUCACCUUACUUUGAAUGAAUAUCCAGUUUCAACAAUCAAAGAACUCUUCAGGAAGCAGACAGGUUAUGAUUUUUUCAAUAUAUUCCGCGAAAUAUCAGCUACUCUUUCCGCUUCUCCUUCCAUUAUUAAGAGGGAUGGCGUUUUAAGAAACGGAAUUCCAGUAACUAUCACAAUUAUACCUCCCAACGUUGACAGAAUGAGAAAAAUCGAUUUGAUACCAUUCAGACUCUUACAGAUACCGCUUAACAUCCUUCCGUUCAUGAAAAUUCAGAGAGAUUUAUAUAAUUCUUUCAUCAACAGGUUCUCAUGGAAUAUUUCUAAAGAAAUUUCCGCAAGAAUGAAGCUCAUUGAGAAACUUGGUAUCGAUCCAGAAUCGAAUUUCGAAGAAAUCGUUGCUCAAGUCGAAAGAUUAAAUUUACCAGUAACAAUUCCAGUUCCAAACACUGAACUGAGCGGAGACAAUAUUCUAGUUACCUCCAGACAGCCUCCAGCCAUCAGCCAAUUACCGAUAACAAAAUCUAUUGGUUAUAAUUUGACAGAAUUCUUCUCAUCUAUGUUCUUUAGACAUAGCGUUGUUGUUCCCAAUAUUGAUAAGAGCAAUAUUUUGUUCGGAAAUGGCAAAAUCGCCCUUGAAAGGUACCAUCCUAUUACAGAUUUCGACAAGGACGACCUUAUGAACAUAAUACUGAUGACCAGUGCUGUUAGCUCCAAGCAACAACCACUUGCUGAGCGCUGCGCAACAGCAUUAUGUUACAAUAUUCAUACAAUUCAACGAAGCGCCAUGGAAGGGAACACAGGAAUGGCCUUUAAAGAGGUUCUUAAGCAUCAUACACCUCAGAUGUUCGCUUUCGCUGAAGGACUUACAGGAAUCAGUGGAAUUAGGAACCAAACUAACUCAAAUUGGCCGGUUGUUCCAUUUGCUUCGAGACUUGUUGGAAGCGGAAUUUCUGCUUUCAUUUACCAACAAUUUUUCAAAAGAUAUUUCCGGGUUGAUGUACCAUAA